AAUGCCAAUGCUGUUGUCAGAAAUGUUGCCACAAAUUUGACGAGCGUGCAACGCGAUGGAGCUGCCCAAAAACUCUUGCAAUUCCGCCUUUGCGCCAAUCCUGCUGUUCCUGCUGCUGCUCCUGCCCAGCUUUAGCUCUGCUCAGCUGCAGCCACAUCAUUCGUACUAUCAUCAUCAUCAUCAUCCCAGAUCUCAGAUGUACUACGAGGCGCCACGCCUAAGGCGUUACGAGUAUGCCCCCAGCUCCUACAUCACUGGCUAUCCAUUGGCCACCGCUGCCGCCGCUCCAGCUCUCGCUGGGCACUACCAGCAGCAGCCACCGAACUUCCAGCUGAUCAACUAUCGUCCCAGCUAUCAACCACUGGCGUUGGCGUACCAGCAGCAGCAGCUGCCCCUGCCAGUUCCUGCACCGGUGCUGCCCUCCAUCUAUCAGCAGCCGAGCGUCCAGUACCAGCAGCGAUCCAUUGCUCCGCACAUGGAGCUGGCCAAGUAUCGUUACGAGGGGAAUUAUCUGCCACUCCAAAGGGUCGUAGGAGCAGUUCCGAAUCUCCAGCAACAGCAACAACAACAGCAGCAGCAGCAACUGCGUCGCGUGGAGGAGCCACUGCAGCAGCUUUACAACGUGCCACCGGCUCUGUUUACCAGCGAUGUGCUGCAUGUGAUUCCGCCAAGGAUAGCCAGGCUGCAGGAGCAACAUCAGCAGACGCAGCAGCAGCCACAAACGGAGCGUCCCAGACGCAAUGCGCAGGUUGACUUACAGGCGGAUGCAGAGACUGCAGAGACCAGAAGUGAGCGAAGGGAGGCUGCAGAGAUCAAAAGUCAGCAAAAGGAGGAACCAGAGACCAAAAGACAACUAAAGGAGGAACCCCCAAUCAAGGAAACCAAAUAUUUUCAUGAUAUUUUUAUGCGUUUCGAUGGACCCCAUUCGCGCUCCCACGGACAUGUCUUGAAGCAGCCCAAGGCCGAGGAGCGACGCUUUGAAAUGCAGCGCGGCACCAAUCGCUACAAGGGGGAGGUAAUUUGGACAGAUCGUCAGGGCAGUCAUGGUGAGCAUCGCUGGGACAUGGCUCAGGGAAAACUCUGAGCGCAAAAAGGAUUCUGAUCUCACUUUCAUAUUUGCAUAUUCCAUAGCCACCACCCUCUCUAGCACUCUCCGCUCCUCCAGCCCCUGCUCUCUCACUGUACAUAUCCAUAAUCAUCUAUAAAGAUCGUGACUUUUCAUAA